UUUUAAUAAAAAAAAGUCAAGACACUGGAAGCUGAAUUCUGCAUCAUUCCCCAUCUUUUCCCCACAGAAUUCCCCUGUCCAAACCUAGUGAAUUCUUCAAAAGACACGUACAUCAAAAUGCUUUCUGUAUCCAGAAAAGAUGUCUCUUGGGACACGGGUCCCAAGGCUUUCUGGAGCAUUUUGACCCUCCCACGAAUGUUUUGUUUUGCAGCGAAAUGUGGAGCGUGUGGCCCUGGGUACAAAACCCCCCUGGACGCGAUGAAAGGUCCCCGGGAAGAAAUUGUAUACCUGCCCUGCAUCUACCGGAACACAGGAAUAAAGAAGCCGGAUUACCUGGCCACUGUGGACGUGGAUCCAAACUCCCCCACCUACUGCCAGGUCAUCCAUCGCCUGCCGAUGCCCAACGUCAACGAUGAGCUGCACCAUUCGGGGUGGAACGCCUGCAGCAGCUGCUUUGGGGACACGACCAAGAAGCGGAACAGGCUGAUCCUUCCCAGCUUGAUCUCUUCGCGGAUUUACGUGAUCGAUACAGGCACUGAUUCGCGAGCCCCCAGGCUAUACAAGGCUGUUGAGCCCAUCGACGUAUUCUGGAAGUGUAACCUGGCCAACCCUCACACGACUCACUGCCUCGGCACCGGUGAAAUCAUGAUCAGCACCAUGGGAGACCCUUCUGGCAACGGAAAAGGUGGCUUCAUCCUGCUGGAUGGGGAGACCUUUGAGGUGAAGGGGAACUGGGAGAAAGGAUCCAAGGUCCCGUCGCUGGGCUACGAUUUCUGGUACCAGCCGAGACACAACGUCUUGAUGAGCACGGAAUGGGGCGUACCGAAGUGCCUGGCCAACGGGUUUAAUCCAGCCGAUUUGCAAAAAGGCUGCUACGGUGGGAACAUCAAUGUGUGGGACUGGACCACCCACAAGCUCAUCCAGUCGAUCGAUGUGGGGAAAAACUCCAUCCCGCUGGAAAUCCGGUUUCUCCACAACCCUGACGCGGCAGAGGGCUUCAUCGGCUGUGCCCUCACCAGUGUGAUCCAUCGUUUCUACAAGGAUGGGAACGGGACCUGGGCAGCGGAGAAAGUGGUCGAGGUGCCCAGCAAGAAGGUGGAAGGGUGGCUCCUGCCAGACAUGCCGGGUCUCAUCACGGAUAUCUUGAUCUCACUGGAUGAUCGGUACCUGUUUUUUAGCAACUGGCUGCAUGGAGACAUCCGCCAGUAUGACAUCACUAAUACCAGGAAGCCCAAAUUGGUUGGACAGGUGUUUAUCGGAGGCAGCGUCGUCAAAGGAGGGCCAGUCACCGUGAUCAAGGACCAAGAACUGGACUGCCAGCCGGAUCCGUUUAUCAUCAAGGGGACGCGGGUUCAUGGCGGCCCCCAGAUGAUUCAGCUGAGUCUGGAUGGCAAGAGAUUGUAUGUCAGCACCUCCCUCUACAGCGGCUGGGACAAGCAGUUCUAUCCAGACAUGAUCAAGGAAGGCUCCGUCAUGUUGCAAAUCGACGUGGACACCAAAAAGGGUGGCUUGAGCGUGAACAAAGAUUUCCUCGUGGACUUUGGGAAAGAGCCGGAGGGCCCCGCUCUUGCCCACGAGAUCCGCUACCCGGGUGGAGACACGACCUCCGAUAUUUGGCUCUAAGAGCCUUGGUGGAGCAGAGCCCAGUAGGACAGAGGGUGUGGGUUUCUCCUUUUUUCUAACUCCAGGUGUGAAAAUCGAUGCAGUUGGGGCCUCUACAUAGAUCAGUGUAACAUUUCCACAGCUUUGCACGCAGUUCUGCCUUCCUGAUACAGACUGAACACCAGCCUAGAAUCCACAAAAUGAAGUUGUCCCGCUUCCACUGAAUUCUACCUUUUCAGUUGCAGUGUUGACUGCGUGCUUGAGCAUCCUGCCAAAUUAGAAUAAACAGUGCAUCCCAAGCCCCUUAUGCAUAGAAACCUAGUAUCACAAUACAAAGUUUCAUGAUUCGCUUUCUCCUUGAGAUGCUAAUUGUCCAUGUGCAGGGACCUGGGGGUCUUUUGGGGCGUGUCUGUACAAGGAAGAGUAUUUGAAAAUGCACCUCCUCCAGCCUCUAAGUUAAAUGGUGUAAUCCAGGAUAAUUUACACCGCUUGAUUAUUUCUAUAAACCUGCCCUGAGUCACUCCAGCCUGCAUAGUUUAGUCUUGCCUGUAUGUCUAUUCUGCUCCCAGAAAGGAAUGUGACAACCUGUGAACAUCCCAACCCCGAAUCAGAAAGUCCAGCCGGAUUGAAUAGUUUGAAUAGGGGCGGCAGUCCUUUCAACUAGCUUGGUUCUUGAGUCACAAGUAUAGGCAAGCUGGGGAAAAACAGGAUCAUCAAAACUUAGUGGAUUGAUGAUUGUAGACGGGUCUAGAACCACAAUCCCAGCAGAAACAUUCGGCACUCCUGGGGUCUCAACUAGCCCCUCCACCCCAAUUUCCAAGCUUUUGUGCAAGUUUCUACAAGGAUGAAGCGCUGCUCCGAAGGUGUAGUUAGAAAAGCUUGAAGCUACAAUUUGGCCCACUGUUCUAGACCGUGUGCCAGAGAGAACUUCCACUCCAGCAGUCUGGGAGUGCAAAAUGGUUCCUUUUUAUGGAAAUGGAAAGGCAGCCCUGCUGGAUCCGGGGCUGUUCCUCCUGGAGCAGGCUGCCCUGCUUCCAACAACAAUCCCCCUGCUUUCUGUGCCCCAGCACCCGGUUGCCAGAACUGCCCGAGAAAGGGGCCGUCUGUAGGCAUCCUGAUUCCUGGCCACCGAUUACUCUCCACGUCGUGCGGUCGGCUGCCCGGUGCUGAAGCGGUUCCUGCGGCACCCGUGUCUGCACAGCUUCCUGCGUGGAUCGUGCUGGGGCCGUGGAAAAUGCUUGACUCAGGGAUAAGCAGCGGCUGGCACUUUCCCUAGAACAGACUCCAGGACCCCCCCCCCACCCUUUAUUGUCAAGUUCAUCCGCAAAAUGCCCUGAAGACCCUCCCCUUUCAACUUGGUGCAAGAACCAGAUCACUGCAGCCUGCUUGCGGCAGAAGCAGCUUGCCACAUGCUUCUGAUGCGAACUCCCAGAAUCCCCUGCCGGCAUAGCCAGAGAUCAGGAAUGCUGGGAACUGAAGUUGCAAACAUGGAGAUCUUUUGUCCACCCUGGUGUGGGCCUCCAGGGGCACUGCACCAGCCCUGGCAGUUUUCAUGUACCCAGAUGAGGCUUCCGAUUGGGGUUCUCAGUUCCUCCCUCAUAGAAGUAUUUUCUUUUCUGCUUCCAUAGGAUUGUUCCUUUGCUAUGGACCUUUAAAAGGGCAGAGAGCCAAAAAUUAUCAGUGUACAGUCCCAACCAUUGAUCUUCCCUCUUGAACAUUCACACUCACCGAGAAUACGUCCAUGUAAAUCCAGAGUUUAAGAUGAAGUCCCGAAGGAACUCGGCUGCCAGAUGCAAAACAGGGCUUUGCUCCUUAUGCAAUAAUACGUUUUGCCACAAGAGGGCACCAUUGUUCGCACUUCGCACAAGCCCUGGAACGAAAAGUCGCCUCGUCGGGGCCGAAAAGCCAAUCCAGUCUUGCAGUAGUUUAAUAUCUCACCCCCAAAUAAGAAAAAAAGGUUGAAAAUGAAAAUUCUCUGCCAAACAAGAAUCCUCCUGGGAGAAGGCAGGCCAGUUAGAAAAGAUCUCAGACUGCUCAAAUUGUGUAGAAAAGGUGUCUGCUUCCACCUUUAGAAUAUGAGGUUUUAAAUAAACCAGCGGCACAGUCAUUUCUGUGUUGGGACUCGGUGUAUGGCCAGCUACAAUUCAGCAUCCUUUCAUCGAGCUGACAUGUCCCUGCGGUGCCCAGGAAAACUACUCCAAGCCCUUGUCCUGUCCAAGCAUUGCAUCCUUAAGUUGCUAAGACAAAAGUCUAACGAAUUC